AUGAUGGCUCUCCGGCUGCUGAUCCCGCUCAUCCUGUUCUUCCCUUACUUGGUGACAGCGUUCUUCCAAAGUGUCUGGCUCUCUGAAAGCCAGCGUGGACGAUGCCCGGCCGACCACAUCACGUACGUGCCCUCCGACGUGGCGUUCACGUAUCUGGGGCCAGCGCUCGAAGGAACGCUGGCCACGCCCGCUCCCAUCGUCAAGCCCAACCGUAUUGAAGGCAUCCAACCGUCCCAUGACUGGGCACUCUUCGAGGGAUCGUCCCAGAAGACUACGUUGUACGCGAUGUGUCUCCGCAUAAACGAUGCAAACAAACUCGUUGAGACCACGGCCCGCGAUACGCUCAACAUUGGGUUUAAGUCACAGCGCUCCUUCCGCAACGAGAAAAAUGCGCAAUAUCUGGACGGGGCCUGCGUGUUCAAGGCGUCCGUCCCAUUCCAACCGUCGAUCCGUGUCGAGCUGCAAAAUGCAGACUUCAACAUCAAGAUGACGCUGACGCAGGGAUGCCCGGACGGGCUCUGGGGCUACCUGUGCCAGGGGAGAUGCGAGUGCAAGGGCGGUACUUGUGAUGUGAGGGAUGGAAUCUGUACGACGGCCGAACCGGAGAAGGACAUGUCAGCACUCUGGUACGUCAUCAUCGGCUGCGUGGUGGGCUGCAUCUUUUGCGUGAGCAUCAUCUUGGCCGCCAUCGCCGCCUUCAUCUACACCAAGCGCAGGAGGUCCCGCCGCGGCGGCAAGAACAGGAAGCGGAAGGACCGCGACCCGACCGUCACGGAAGAGACGACCGCCAGUGUUGAGGACACUACCGUUGGAUCCGUCGAGUGCCGGCGCCACCAC